AUGGAAGGCGGUGGCGAGUUGGUGAUUCGGUUACCGGGACGAUCCCAUUCCCCGGACAACAACGGCAACAGUAACUUUGGGUUAGGCGAGUUUGGCCAGACAAUGGUGUUAAGGCACAAAGAGGUUCACCACUUCUUCUUGACCCCCUUCAGGGAGCAGCCGAUCUACAGCACGCGGGCCCAUGCGUUCCAGAUUGACCCCAACACCAAGAAGAACUGGGUGCCCACCAGUAAACACGCUGUCGCCGUGUCCUACUUCUAUGACAGCACCCGCAACGUUUACCGCAUCAUCAGCCUCGACGGCACCAAGGCGAUAAUCAACAGCACCAUCAGCCCCAACAUGACCUUCACCAAGACGUCUCAGAAGUUUGGACAGUGGGCCGACAGCAGAGCUAACACUGUUUAUGGCUUGGGCUUCUCUACUGAACACCACCUGACCAAGUUUGCAGAUAAGUUUGCAGAGUAUAAGGAGGCAGCUCGUCAGGCCAAGGGAAAAACUCAAGAUGGAAAGAUGGAACUAGCCACCUCUCCCUCUCAGGAGUCGCCAGCAGGUGAACUCUCUUCACCUUUGACUCCUGUGACUCCUCCCGCCAUGGACAACAUCAACGGGACAGAUGACCCCUCCACGUCACGAACACCGACGUCUUGCUUCCAGACAAACUUAACACCUUCUUUUCCUGCUUUAAGACAUUCCCCCUCCAUCAAUAAGCACUGGGAGGCAGAGCUAUCAGCUCUAAAGGGGAACAAUGCUAAGCUAACAGCCGCUCUGCUGGAGUCCACAGCUAACGUCAAACAGUGGAAACAACAACUGGCCGCCUACCAGGAGGAGGCCGAGAGACUACACAAACGGGUGACUGAGCUAGAGUGCCAGAGCACCCAGACCACUGUGAUCAAAUCCCAGAAGACGGAGCUAAACCAGACCAUUGAGGACCUGGAAAGCACUCUGAAGGAUAAAGAAGAGGAAAUGGAGCGGUUGAAAGAGGAAGUGGAGAACGCUAACGAGCUGCUAGAGCAGAGACACUCCUUAACACAGAAACUACAGGAGACGGAGUUGCAUUGGCGAGUGUUAGAGGAGCAGCUCCUGGGAGCUGAGCAGCGAUUGGAAGAAAGUCAGGAAGAGCAGGAGAACUUCAGGAAGAGCCUAAGGACCCUACUGGAGAUGCUGGAUGGGAAGAUAUUUGAGCUGACAGAGCUCAGGGACAGCUUGGCCAAGCUCAUAGAGGGCAGCUAG